AUACAUAUGCUUCUCCCGAUGGCAGCAGAUGGCGUUGUUCUGACGCCUGCCAGGUGUAGUGAUUUUGGACGGAACAAAGCGACGAACAGUUUUGUACCGUAUACCGUCCCGACAACGGACAGCAUAGAGGACGAGUGUCUGGUUAAAUGUGCGUUGGCGGAGAGUGAGAGGUUUGCUUCGAUGCGCAAGCCGUUAGACCUAUUCAAGGAAUUGAAGCGCAAGCACUAUCACAUUCGGCUUUCCAUUAUGGACAAGCUGGCGACGCAAAUGCGGGCCGCAAGAUUUGUGUUCAGCAGUGACGUGACGCUUUGCCUCUUUUAUAUCAGAAAACCUAUCAGGAAGCACAAGAUCGACCCUGCCUCACCGGAUCUGGUUUCUUCAUCAAUAACAGCUAAAUCAAUGUUGACACUGAUGCUUCGCCGCCGUAUAACCGUGAGAACAAUGAAUGAAGACGGACGCAGGCGGGUUACAAAAGACCAGCUAUUACAGUUCUACAGGGGGACACCAGAUGCACUUAAUAACCAGCAUGCUGACAAUCACAACUCGCGACCGCGUGAGAUCGACACACAGACGGACGUUUACAAUAUAGACGGUCAGGCAUUCAACACCCAGUUGUAUAUGGAAAAACACUUGCGUGAAAAAGAUCUGUCCGACUUGGUGUUAGAAGAGAAGGUAUUAACUGAGCAAAUUCGCAAUCUGGAUUCGGAAAUGCAAACCUUGAUGUAUGAUAACUACAGCAAAUUCAUCAGUGCGACGGACACAAUACAAAUGAUGAAAGCCGAUUUCAAAUACGUUGAAAAUGAAAUGAACUGCUUGGUGAAAAAUAUGGCUUCCAUUGGUUCUUUGUCAGAGAAGAUUAAGGAGCGCCUUUUAGGAGAACAGGAUAAACUGAAGACGCUCAGCGCAACCCAACACUCAUUAAAUAAGCUCAAGCAUCUUGUAGAACUACCGGGCCGUCUUCGAACAUUUGUUCUCAACGGUCAGUGGGAGUCUGCCGUAGAAGAUCUGAAUCAGACCAAACUGAUUUUGAAGAUGUAUCACACUACUCCCUCUUUCAAAAACAUAAGAAAGGACUGCUUUCAAGUGGUUGUGGACAUACAACAAAGAUUUUGGGCACAGUUUGAGCGAGCCACCGACGCUGGAGAGUUUUAUUCGAAUCUGAAGCUUCUAAAAAACCUCGGAUUACGAACACCCAAGCUUUCAUCAGCAUUUGUAGAAAGCGCUCGAGACCGAUUACAGGCGAUCGUUGUAGAUUUACAGGUAAAAGCGUUGUCCGAGGAUGACUCUUCGUCUGAUGCACCGGAUCGUAGUGAACAAUCAGAGACUGCGAAUUUUACUGGCCCUGGAAGCACAGACGCCCUCAAGGGUGCAGACCAUUCGAAUUUCCUUCGUGUGGAUAUGCUGCACUUUGCCAACUCGAUAACGGAGUCCUUAUUGAACGAGCUAUGUGCAUAUGUAACCGCGUAUACCAACUUGUUCGCUGCCACUUCACCGGAUGAUGAAGUUGCCGACACCAUAUUGGAAGUUCUCUCCGACCAACCAGACUCGGAUGGUGUGGAUCUGUCUGCAACAGAUUUGGAAAACCACCUGGCUGAUCUGGUGGAAGAAGUGAUGGGACAUUUUUUUCGACUGACGGAGGAACGCUUCUCUGAGGAUCAACCCAAUUGUCCAGACACAGCGAUCCUCGUACGUGCUUUGGAUCGGAUCCACGGACGUGUACAGACCUUCUUGAAGACCUAUACGAAUGCGGUACAUUCUAUGGGAGUGCACGAGACACAUACAGAUUCAACUGGCGAAUUGGCUUUGUCAUCCACUAGCACUGAUGAUGAGCAGGACGUUCUCAAACCGACCACAACCGAGACUUUUGGUGACCGAACAAAGAAGCUGUGCACCCGAUUCGCAGGUCUAAUGUCCAAUCUUGUGAACACCGUAUCAUUGGCACGCAUGGAUUAUUAUCUAUCUCUGGUAUGCCAAGGUGCCAGUGAAUGUAUCACUGAGGCACGUCAACAGUUGAUCAAUCCUGGUCUUCCCUUAGGAGUGGCAGGAGCAGAUGCUCCAGGUCACCUCGUCACUCCAUCUUCUCUGACGACCAGUCACAGUCGGAGCGGUACUCAAUUGUCUUCUAUGUUGGAAACACUCAAUUACGGACUUACCACACAAAUACGGAAUGCUCUUAAAGGUCUUGAAAUUUUCCUGAACCCGGAAAAUACUUUCACGAAGAACCAAAAUUUUAGCGCGCAUUUUUGUCUCGUUGGACUUCGUGAGCGCCUUGUAGUCGGCUAUAUGAAGUCUUUGCUGCGCUCUCUGGACGACCUGGCCAACACAGCUGCAGGGCGAGUGCCAAGCACUAUCUUGCUGCUCCUGGCCAAAAUUUCGCUAACUUGGGCACAUUCAGGUUCUAUUGGUCAUUUGCUGACCAUUCCGGAGGAAAUGCUUUCUCAAGGACAAAAAACCUGGUCUCCAUCUUUCUCUCGCCAGAAUUCAGGCAGCAGACCAGCAAAACUGAAACCGACCACUCCAAAGGAACUGAAUGACCAGUUUCGUGACUUGUCCAUUACUCUUCUAAGCGCAUAUGUUCGCCUUGAGGGAACCAGUCUGGCUCAACUACUGCGCAAGAGCGUGGAAGCUCGUGAUUGGUUGAAGAAUUUGGAACCGCGUUCUGUGCGCUCGGUUGUGAAGCGUGUGAUUGAAGACUUGAACGCCCUGGACAAGCAGGCAAGUCGAGUUUGCAUUGCUCAGCUUCUACCGUCCAAUUCUCGCAACAAAGAUCGCAUGAGCGAUUCGCGUUCCGGACGCAGUGGUGUUUCCAGCCUUCGACCUAGUGGUUCUUCACAUUUUUUGGAAAAGCAUAGUCGAUCCAGUAGUUCAGGAAUUCCUCCUGGAACAGGCGAAAUGGAUCCUUCAUUGGCUACCCAAAUUCGACGGUUAUUUACACAGCGCGUGGAUAUUUUUGCUCCAGUUGAACCCAACCGCGAAUCACUGCUUCUGGGUGUGAUCAAAAUAGGUCUGAAGACUUUGGUGGAGUGUGUACGACUACAAACAUUCGGAAAGUUUGGACUACAACAAAUCCAAGUGGAUUGCCGGUAUCUGCAGAUCCAUUUGUGGCACUUUGUCAAUGAUGAGAAGCUCGUUGGAACACUUUUGGAUGAUGUGCUCUACAGUGUCGUGAACCGCUGUGUUGAUCCACAGCUGAUGGAGGAUAGUAUCGUGGAUGCUAUUUGUGACCGCGCCUGACACUCGCUUCUCCCGACAUUCCGCUUCCUCUGUGUUACAUACUUUAUUGCAUACCUGAUGACUUUCGAAGCUUUUUCAAUGGCUGUGUAUUUGACAUUCUUUGUUGUCGACUUGUUGGUUUUUUCUGUUUCAAGUAUAUUUCUGAAAUUCACCAGU